CUAGGAGAUAAUGUUCACAAAUGAGUUGAACCAGUCAGCAACCCUACCUCAUGUGCAGGAUUGUCAAACGAAACAUAAACUACACAAGGCACUUCGGUCGCUGGUUCGAGAAUAUCAAGAGUUAAACGGCACUGAAGUGAAAAAGUAUGACCAUACUCCAACACCGCUACAGAUGUAUCGAGAAUGCAUAUCUCCUGGACGCCCGGCAGUUAUUACGGGAGCCAUAGAUCAUUGGUAUGCGAGGAAAGGGUGGACGAAUGAAUAUCUUCGCAAUAGAAUAGGUGACCAGAUGAUAACAGUUGCAUCAACACCAAAUGGGCUGGCUGAUGCGUUGACUCUGGAUCCUGUUUCAGGCAAAGAGUACUUUGCGAUGCCCUAUGAGAAGAAGAUGCCUUUCAACGACUUCUUGGACAUUAUGCUGGGUGAAGAAAGCGAAUACCCGCAUUAUGCAUCGUUGCAGAACAGCAGUUUGACAACUGAGUAUAAGUCUCUGGUUGAAGAUGUUGAUCCCGAUAUACCCUGGUUUACAGAAGCGUUAGGACGAGAGCCUGAUGCUAUCAAUUUUUGGUUUGGUGACAGCCGGAGUAAGACGUGUUUACAUAAAGAUCCUUACGAAAACUGCUACGCUGUAGUACGGGGUACAAAAACAUUUGUACUUCUUCCUCCGAUCGAGUACUAUUGUGUACAUGAAUCAAGUUUUCCAUGUGCAACUUAUGUGUUAGACGCUAAUGGCAAACUGAAGCUAGAGCCGUUAAGUGGAACAAUGAAAACACCAUGCUCGCCGGUCGAUCCAAGUAAUCCGGAUCUAGAAAGGUUCCCGCGAUUUCGAUACGCUAAACCGAUUACGGUGACGGUUCGCGAAGGUGAAAUGCUGUAUUUGCCAGCAUUUUGGAUGCAUCAAGUGACACAAGACGGUGAGGAAGGUGUCAUUGCAGUCAAUUAUUGGUACGAUCUCGACUAUCAAAGCAUUCUAUAUCCCACAGUCAGUCACCUUCGCCGAUUAGUAGCUAGCGUGCUGGAUGACCAAGAAGAUUUAGGUGAAUCAGACGGUGAAGAUUAGACAAAAAUAAAGUAUUGUAAAUGUAGAUACAUGGUAGUAUAAUCCAUGUAUAUUAGAAUAAUAAUAUAUUUCUUGUACAUCGAUUGAUUAUUUGUACAAUUACACCGUAUGACCAUAUUUAUAACGCUCUUUUCCAACGCCUUCAUCGUCACCACCAUACUACACUCUGCCAAAUUGAGUGCGUCUCUUCUCCGCGCGCAUAUUCUUCUUGCGUUGAAUAUGACCAAUAUCUCUUUCACAAAAGAUCUGGUUAUCCAGCAUGUAGUACACAUCCGUUAUAGAACAGUGACAAGCCUAGUUAU